AGAGAGAGAGAGAGAGAGAGAGAGAGAGACUUGUCCUUCUUUCUCUCCUUCGUUUUUUAUUUUUUUUUCUUCUGUUUAAUAGCUCAUUUUCACCUCUUCUCUCCUUUUUCAUCUGUCUUGAACUGAAAGGAGCCCUAGAACAACCCAAGAAAAAGCAGCCUCCUUCAAAAUCGAUCUCUUUUCAUUCACGAUCUAUUAAAGUGGAAUCGAAUUCUCAAAGGACUUGUGAACGUCGUUCAUUUUGCUGCUGUGGUGUUAGGAGCACUGGUUUCUUUAGUCUUCUCUUGAUAUUUUUGAAGUAUCAACAUGCCAAAGGAUAGAAGAGAUCGUUCCAUAUCUUUUGAUAGGUACAGGACAUCUCCUUAUACAUGCAGCUCCAGUUGUUCAAGACGAUCUUCACCUAAAAUCCCUUCAGAUACUGAUGAGAAUUUGAAGGAAUGGGAAGAGGCCAGGUGCCCUGUAUGCAUGGAACAUCCUCAUAAUGCUGUUCUCCUUAUUUGUUCUUCACAUGAGAAAGGUUGCCGUCCUUACAUGUGUGACACAAGCUAUCGUCAUUCUAAUUGUCUUGAUCAGUUUCGGAAGUCAUUUUCAGAAACAACACCAACAACUCCACAACCACAAGAAAGUAGGCUUAGAACCAUGAAUUCUCCUGCAGUCGUCAGCUCAGUAUCAACAGUUAUAGAUCCACCAGAAGAUCGAUCUGAGGAAGGAUCCUUACCCACUGAAACCAUUUCUUGUGAGAACAAGGUGCAGCCAAAGCUAGUAUGCCCACUCUGUCGGGGGCAGAUAAAAGAGUGGGUUGUCACUGAACCUGCGCGAAGUUUCAUGAAUGCGAAACCAAGAAGCUGUGCCUGUGAGACAUGCAAUUUUACUGGCUCGUAUUCGGAUCUCAGGAAGCAUGCGAGGCUUGAACACCCACUUGUUCGACCAUCAGAGGCUGAUCCAGAGCGGCAACGUAAUUGGAGGAGGCUGGAGCGUCAGAGGGACCUUGGCGACUUGCUUAGCACCCUCCAAUCUUCGUUUGGAGAAGAGAGGGGUGAUGAGCCUAUAGAUGAUGGUGGUUGGCUUACUGUAUUCUUUCUUAUAAGAGUUUUUAGACCUGGAUCUAGUCCAAGGAGUAGUAGCUGGUCUGGUACAUCAAGAGCCAGAGCACCACUAGGUUUCAGAAGGAGAGCCACCCGGCAUUGGGGGGAGAAUCAUGAAGGUGAAACUGGAUCUUCUUCCAGAGAGGAUGACAAUGAUUCUUCAGAUGGCGGGUCAGGCCCUUGGAGGCGCAGCGAGCGGAUCAGGCGAAGGACAACGCCAGACCAGUUGUGAUUGUGGAACUUUGUGGUAUCUUUUUGGUUGCUUUUAGAAGAUCCUACGACUGCGGAACAUAAGGAACCAAGGUUCUUUGGCAAGCAUUGGAUGAAGUUCCACGAAGUAUCAAAUGGUUUCUCUUAGAAGUUGCUUGAUUGUUUAUCCUAAGAGUGAGCAUAUUGUAACUUGAUGAAAAGAGAAUUAAAUAAUUUAUAUCCUUGGCAUUUGUUGUUGUUUGGGUUAUGUCAAAUAUUCUAUAUUUCAAUUACUAGAAAGCUGGAAAUAAAUUUGCUGGUUGUUGACUA